UAUUUAUUUGCUGCUGUAGAAAUCUGAUGCUGAGAGGAUGAACACGGAGCCCCCGAUGGACUGUGGACGGCACUGACUCCCCCGUAAUCGCUGUGAUGCCUGCAGAUCAUCCACGUAAAGUCGGAGGGCUAUUUGAUCGUGUCGCGACUAAAAGAGCCUUUUUUUGGUCCUCGUCCCUUCACAUGAUGCUCCCUCUUCAUCCCACAUCAUCGUUUUCAUGGGAAUGAUGCUGUAUGCUCCCCAGACCGAACUCCAUCACCUCCUCACAGGCGACACAGCACAUCUGCAGGCAUGCCUGUGUGGAUAUUUGGACAAAAGACCAUCAUAGUAUCGUAGAAGUAAACUAAAUUAAAAAAUAUUGAUAUAUUAACAGUCAAACUCUUGACAUAUUAAGAAACCAGCAAAACAGAUUUUAGUUUAGAGAAGCUUAGAAGCUUAAAGACUUGUGGAAGUGGAGUGAAGAUGACAGCUGUGUCUGAUCCUCCUGGAGACUGAGGUUCACUCUGUCCGCUGCUGCUCAGCUCAAAGAUCUCCUCACUAAGAUUCAAGCAGAUCGCUUUACCUGCUAAACAAGAGACCUGCUCUCGGUGAUGUGAUGAAUAAGUUUGAAGUCCUUGGCAUUGUGGGAGAAGGAGCAUAUGGAGUGGUGCUUAAGUGCAGGCAUAAGGAAACGAAUGAGCUGGUGGCCAUUAAGAAGUUCAAAGACAGUGAGGAAAAUGAGGAGGUUAAAGAGACGACUCUUCGGGAGCUGAAGAUGCUUCGCACGCUGAAGCAGGACAACAUCGUUGAGCUGAAGGAGGCUUUUCGCAGGAGGGGGAAGCUCUACCUUGUCUUUGAAUAUGUUGAGAGGAACAUGCUUGAACUGCUGGAAGAAUUUCCUAAUGGUGCAUUACCGGAUAAAGUUCGCAGCUACAUCUACCAGCUCAUCAAAGCCAUCAACUGGUGUCACAAAAAUGAGAUAGUGCACAGAGAUAUCAAGCCAGAAAACCUCCUCAUCAGUUCCAAUGAUGUUCUUAAACUUUGCGACUUUGGAUUUGCGCGUAACCUGUCUGAAGGGACAGAUGCCAACUACACUGAGUAUGUUGCCACAAGGUGGUACCGCUCUCCAGAGCUGCUGCUGGGGGCUCCCUAUGGGAAGGCGGUGGACAUGUGGUCGGUGGGGUGUAUCCUCGGAGAGCUGAGUGAUGGACAGCCUCUGUUUCCAGGGGAAAGUGAGAUUGAUCAGCUCUUCACCAUUCAAAAGGUUUUGGGUCCACUUCCUGCAGAGCAGAUGAAACUCUUCUACAAUAACCCACGAUUCCAUGGCAUUAGGUUCCCUUCAGUUACUCAUCCUCAGACUUUGGAGAGAAGGUACCAAGGGAUCUUAAGUGGCCUGUUGUUAGAUUUGAUGAAGAGUCUGCUGCUGUUAAACCCAACUGAGCGCUAUCUGACAGAACAAAGCCUGAACCACCCAGUCUUCCAGCCUCUACGGCAGGCAGAGCGUGAAAGAACUUCUCUUUCAUCUCCAAACCCACCGUGCUCCUCCAAGAGGAAAACACACCAUCAUGGGGAAAACACAGUUCCUACAAGGAGUCACAACAAGAGCUCAAGUCGUCACUCCAACAGCAAAGAAUGUUCCAGCCUCCCUCGCCAUGGUGACCUUCAUCACCUUAGCAAUGAGAGUUUUCUGAAUGGAAACAAGCCAGCUCCAUCCAGUUUAAGUCCUACACUUCACCCCAAAGCCCAGUACAUGUCCCAGACCCUCAAUCGCUCUGUGUCAUCCAGCAAAGACCUUGCCAACAACAACCUACCACACCUUCUUAGUCCCAAAGAAGCAAAAAACAAGACAGAGUUUGAUUUCAACUUGGGGCCCUCACCAAAGUUGUCGGAUCCAGGACAUGGGGGGAAAUAUGGCCAUAGCAAACCAAGUUCCUCUCGCUCACAGCAACAGCAGCAGCAACAGCAGCAGCAGCAGCAGCAGCAGCAGCAACAGCAGCAGCCACCCCUUGGCCGCCAUAACUUUCUAGAAAAUAAAACCAACACCUUACAGUCGGGAGCAGAGAAACAGCACGGACGCCAUGGCCACAGUAUGGCUGAUUCUGCUCACGGAUCCAUGUCUUCAUCCUCUAAAAGUUCUGCUUCUUAUCUAAGCCUGUCAAAAAGCCACAAUGCUUUGAGCGACGCCAAAUCUGUGGGGAACCUCAGCGACGGCCGGCUUCACGUUGAUGAUCCAAACUCCAACACAGUUGCAGGUGUGGGGCCAAGUGCCAGAUUCUUCCCCACCAGCUGUUUAGACCUCAACUCACCUUCAGGUCCUCCAGGACCCCCUGGCAGCCCCUCUGCUCGACACAGUGAGCGAGCUGGGCACAGCCCUGCUUCUCGGAGCAGCGGAAACGCUCGCAUGGAGAGCAGCACACUCGACUCUUCAUCAAGACACAAAUCUAGACAUAAAUCUUUAGCUCCAGACAAUGCUGGUGGUCCGGACCUUCUAGAUGCAGGAGGAGCAGGGAUGCCCGUCACUCACACUCUGCCUUCUCCACAUGAGUCCUAUCACUAUGGCCUGGGCUAUACCUCCCCCUUCUCCUCUCAGCAAAGACCUCAGCGCCACUCCAUGUAUGUCAGAAGGGAACGCCAUCGACCACACGGGAUUGAAAGCGGAAUGGCGGGCCUGCCCCCACCAGGGCAGGCUAUACCGACAAGAGCCAGCAGCCUUCAGCUGCUCUCCCCGCAGCUGCAGCACCGCACCACCCUGACUGGACAUUCUGUGAGCUCUUCAAGAGAGGACUGCACCGAAGACCUUACCAGGAGUGAGCAGCCCCCUAAAGACAUGAGCCACCCUUGUGCCCCGAUCAAAGACUCUGCGAGGGACAACACUGCUGCUUUUCAUACACAGCUGUCUAAAAAUGAGGUCAGCAUGUAUCACGACCCUCAUGAGGAUGGAGGGUCCUCCAAAGAGAACCGAAUGAUCUUCACUGAGUCUAUGCCUCGGAGAGUUGGCAGUUUCUAUCGAGUCCCUUCCCCCAGACCGGACAACUCCUCUUCUUUCCACGAAGGUGUCGGUCAGGGUCGAGGACAAGUCAUGCCCGUUGUACCCGGUGACCAGGUUGCCAUGGCAAACCACUCCAAACGACAGACAGCUUUUGACUGGACGACUGCAGAAGCGAUGGUCAUGAAUCCUCCAGAGCCCACUAAAGAGAAGGAGAAACAAGGCUUCUUCAGAUCCAUGAAAAAGAAAAAGAAGAAGACUCAAAUAACAGACAUGGAGGACAGGAGAAACCCCAACAUCAAGAAAAGCCUUUUCCCCCUUUUUAGCUCUAAGAAUAGCUUAAAGCACAACGCAGCUGUCAAAGUCCUCCCUGUAGUGGCCUCGCCUAUGGUACAACACCAGCCCCCCGCGCCCUACCCUUCCUCACCAGUGACUGGAAAUGGACAAGAACAUCUGUCUUUGCAGAGAAGCUCCAAAUCAUCGUCUCACCACAACAGCCGACGGAAAAACCGAGAGCGUUCCCGUGACAGAGACCGGGAACAGAGCCGAGACCGAGACCGGGACCGGGACCGGGAGAGAGAGAGGGAGCGAGAGAGAGAACGAGAGCGGGAAAGGGAGAGGGGGAGAGAGAGGGAGAGAGUCAGCGACUGGGCCCCAGAGAAGCAAGUGGAGUCGCACUCCCAGAGCCAACCGCUCAAGUCACUUCGUAGACUCCUCCAUCUCUCCCCUUCAUCUUCAAAUCAAGGACAAAACCCUCCUCCCCCUCCGCCAGACAUGCGCUUCCAGGGCCCUCUCCCCAACCCACCUCAGCCUUCCUCUAAAACUGGCUACCUUGAAAGUCGGGGGCAUGGGGAGAGUAGGGGCCACUCAGGGGUGAGCAGCUCCAGCCAGGCCAAGAACCGCAAGGCUAGCUACCCCCUCCCCGGACAGAUUGAGUCCAGCUGGCACGUUUCUGCCCUGCAGCGGGCGGACGGGGCUCAGUUCACAGCUGAACAGCUCGGCAUCAAACCAGGGCAGAAUGGGCCCACCUUUACUCGAGCCUCGCGCACCAGGAUGCCAAACCUCAAUGACCUGAAGGAGACAGCCCUGUAAAAACCACCAAUCAGACCACCUCCAGCCUAACAGCAUACUGGAAGCAGCUGGAAGCAGAUGUCAAGGUCACAAAGACACAGGAAAGUGCUUCACGAGGUCUCAUGUGAACAUGUACCUCUCUGUUAAUUGUCACGUCUAUACCACCCAAGGCCACUGGACAUGACCGACCAACACCAAUAACAGUGUCAUUUUAGGAAAUACAUACAGGUAGUGGGCCCAGCUAUACCCUUUCAGACACUGCCUACAUGGUCUCUUUGCUGCCAUCCUCUGCUUAGAGAGCGCAACUGCAACUCUCCACGCGCCAACAUCGCACAAGCGGCAAACGAACUCCAAUGUUUUUCAAUUUCUGAUAUUUGAUAGCAAAAAAGAAAGAUUUAUAUCUGCAUUAUUUAUUAAAUAUUUAUUUGUGUUAAAUUCAAGGAUAUAAGCUAUAAAUGACAUUAUCUAGGUUUAAGGGAAUACUAUAUGGUAAUUUAGGAAGAAAUGACUAAUUGCAAGAGCUUUAGUUUCGAGAACAAAGAAAUGCAUAGAUAUUUAUGUGUUGAUAAUAGAAUAUGUCACAAAGAAUACUUAAUAAUGGUGAAUGUUCUUUUUUUUUGUUUAGUAUGAUGCUAAUACCAGAUAUUUAUGUUAUGUUUUUACAAUUUUUCUGUUGAUAUUUUUGGUCGAAAUGUAAACAUUUAUAUACAAAUAUAUGAAUAUACACUAAGGAAUACAGAAAACCUUUGACGGUGCGUUUCAUACCAAAUUGCCCAUCAACUUCAUCAGUUUAUACGGUUUAGACAAAGUUGGGCAAUUUGUGAAGAGGGUUAGGUAGCAGAUCAACCUGAGUGAGACUGUUAGAACCUGUGCAGUACAUGUUUAGUCUCUCUUGAGGUGUCACCUGCUCAUUUAUUGUUGUUUUUUUUCCAGUAACAAGUAACCACAGCAUUCCAGCUUCAUACUGCCAUGUUGGUUUGUCUACAGCCUUAACAGAAAGUGACAUUCUUCUUUUCCCAUGUUAGCCUUAGUGAGAAAAAAAGACUCAUGAUUGGAAAAAAUAUAUAACUUUUGAGAUUGUUUUAAGAGUAAAAAAAAAUCCUUAUGCACAAGUGAUACUGUAAGUAAGAUUACUGUAAAAAGAAGUCUGGUUAUAAUAGUUUUGUUUUUACAGUUAAUUUUGUCUUCCAAAGCAUAGUCUGUGGAGCCAAUAAAUAAAACAAUGGUAGAUUUAUUUAUAAUCUGGCUAAAAAUUUUAACAAAACAAAGUGAGCCUGGAUUUUUGUUGAAGAAACGGUUAGAAAAUUUACUUAAUGUCCCAUUUUGUGGCAUUCAGACUGUGCUGUUAGCAGAAAUUUUGCAUUAUUUACAAAACCAGAGUUCAGAAAUGAGUUGAUAAGGUCCUCCAUCAUGCAAUUAGGCUGUAGAGGCUUUGUAAUGUCAAUGAUACAAAUGGAACUGACAGGAGGCCAAGUCCUGCUAGAAAAACAGGCAAAUUAUGUUUUUUAGUUGUUAAAUAAAUGAAUCAAAGUUACAAUUCAAUUUUUUAAUGAAAUUCAGUGUGCAAGAAGUACACAAUAAAACAUGUUUAUAAUCAAAAUAAUUAUUUGAAAAAGGAUAAUAAUAUUUGACAAGUAUUGCUCCAAACUCAAUACUUUGGUUAGUUUUUUUUCAAUCUUUGUUUAAUGUAAAACCUGUAUGAAAUAUCUCCAGACUUCUUUGAACACACAUGUUUACAUUCAUGCAUCUUUACUGUUUACAUUUUGUCUUCUUUAAUGCCUUCUUUAGCCUUUAGCUUCCAGUUUGCAUUGCUUUCAUCAUCAGGGUAGAUUUUUCAUUGCUUCUAAAAGCAUUCCAUUAUUUUUUGUAGGAUUUGCAUGAUUGAAAAAACUAAGAUGGGUGGUCUAAGAUGGGUGGUAGGCAAUUGUUUUGUUUUUUUGGCUAAUUGGGACAAGAAGGCCAUCACAUUUUUGUUUGGUAUUUUUUCACUUUUCUUUAGGAUUAAAGGUUGUUGUGGAAAUGAGUGGAGGAGAAAAUGUAAAAACUUUAUGGGCUAAAAGUGGGAUUUUGUUGCCUUUAGCUCUGAAUCCACCGAUUACACUGAUAAAUAUAAUAUAAAAGAGAACUAAUAACACUGAGAAGUUUUAGUGGGGUCAGAUAUGGCAGAGAGACAGGUUUCUUGAUUAAACAUUUAAUUUCAAAACAGAUUUCUAUAAUAUAUAUUUUAUUUUUGUAACUUAUCCCUAAGGACGACCUUGUGAAACUCAAGACUGUACAUUUUCCACCAUCAAUGCUUUGGUUUCCACACGGGUUUGUUCAUAUCUUCUGUGGACAGAAAGCUUGCCUUGCCAGAGACCUGAAGCCUUACAAUAACAGACGUAACACUUUAUAUGGAAACGGAUGCUUCGACCCCACGUGUGUUACACUCUCAGAGGGACGAGAAGACGCAACUUUUGUCCAUAAAUAUGAAUGUGGUUGCAAAAACAUUUGUUCCUUUUCUUUUUAUCAUCAUGCUUCUGACAGGAUGUAAAUAGAAAUAAUAGAGUGUAUCUAUACUGAUCAUUUAACUUUAAAUAAAAUAGGGCCUCAUAAUAAAUGCCAACUGUACAUUUUUGAACUGCU